CAUUGCGGUUUUUGAUUCUAGUAGACUCAAUUCAUAAUCAACUUUAUCAGUGGUAUCAUUUAAAGGAGCAGUAUAUUGUCCAUAAAUACCCGGGUUGUAGUAAGAAUUUGUUCAGUUGUACUAGAGUGUCAAAAGUAAGCGAUGGCUCCUCAAAUUAAAUACACCAAGUUAUUCAUUGAUAACAAGUGGGUGGAUGCGAAGAGCGGAAAGACCUUUGAAACUCGCACCCCUCAUGAUGGCUCCGUCAUCGCUAAGGUUGCUGAAGGCGAUAAGGCGGACAUAGAUGAAGCAGUGUCGGCAGCUCGUCGUGCCUUCCACCGCAACUCAGAAUGGCGGCUCAUGGACGCCUCCCGUCGCGCAGUCAUUCUGAACAAGUUCGCCGACCUCAUUGAAAGAGACAGCAAAUAUCUUGUAGAAUUAGAGUCAUACAACAAUGGGAUGGUUGUGAGCAUGGCCAAUCGCUUUCUUGCCUCGACAGUGGCAAACAUUCGGUAUAUAGCCAGCUUAGCUGACAAGGUCCAGGGCGACACCAUACCUGUAGACGGAGAGGCAUUUUCUUACACGUUGAAGCAGCCUAUUGGUGUAUGCGGACUAAUCCUACCAUGGAAUGGCCCAAUCCCGUUAUUUAGCAAUAAAGUGACUACUGCUUUAGCUGCUGGAUGUACGGUGGUUGUGAAGCCAGCAGAACAGACUCCUCUGAGCGCACUUGCAUUAGCAGCUUUGCUUGCCGAGGCCGGUUUGCCACCAGGAGUUGUGAAUGUAGUCAAUGGUUAUGGAGAGACUGCUGGAAAUGCUCUUACUCACCACCCAAAUGUCAAUAAGAUUUCAUUUACUGGCUCCGUUGAGGUUGGGAAGCUGAUUCAGCAAGCCGCUGGGGUUAACAACCUGAAGAGGGUAACACUGGAGCUUGGUGGCAAGAGUCCUCUCAUUGUAAUGAAUGAUGCCGAUUUAAACACCGCCAUUCCAUGCGCCGCAAAUGCAGUUUUCACGCAUCAAGGGCAGGUUUGCGUAGCAGCUUCGCGUCUGUUUGUUCAAUCCGGGAUAUACGACAAGUUUGUAGAGGAGGCCGUCAAGCACGCCAGGGCUAGAAAGAUCGGAAACCCUGCCGACCCUACUACGCAGAAUGGACCACAGGUUGACGAAGAGAUGAUGAACAAAGUGUUGGGUUAUAUAGAGAAGGGUAAGAAAGAAGGAGCAAGACUAUUGACGGGAGGCAAGCGAAUUGGCAACACUGGUUAUUAUAUCGAGCCCGCCGUGUUUGUUGAUGUCAAGGAUGAUAUGACCAUCGCCAGGGAAGAGAUUUUCGGGCCCGUCCAGAGCAUCCUGAAGUUCGACACCCUGGAGGAGGCCCUCGACCGCGCCAACGAUACCAACUACGGUCUGGCAGCCGGCAUCUUCACCACUAACAUCAACACAGCCUUGCAGUUCACCAAGCACGUCGAAGCGGGCACUGUUUGGGUCAACACAUAUUUCGCAACGGGUCCUCAGGUACCUUUCGGAGGUUUUAAAGAAUCCGGCAUCGGUCGAGAAAGAGGCAUCAAUUGUUUGGAAGAAUUUAUGGAAGUUAAGACUGUAACUUAUUCCCUUCCCAAGAAAAUCUAAUUUAUUCAAUGGAUACCGGAAAAAAAUAUUGUUGACACGCACGUGCGUUGAUAGAUAUUUACUUUUAUAUUAUUUUAAGUAACAUGACAUAUUUGUAUAAAGCGUAUUAAAAUAAAUAGCAAAACAUA